UAUGUCUAUGGUCCCGUUGAGAAAGAGCACUGCUAUAGACUAAUUGCGACAGUAUCGUAAAGCGCCAAUGUUAUGGUCGUAAAUUGAAGCAGUCGCCAGUCGUCCUCUGAGCUGAGUUUUCAGUCGCCCUUCAGCCUUCAACACAAGACUGCUCUUCUCGGCCAAAACAGACAUCAACCCAGCGUUACAUCAUGGCAGGGACAAUUGCACGGAAAGCUAUUGACCACCUGAAGAGCAAAGACUUUAGGGAUUAUUUGAUGAGCACUCAUUUCUGGGGUCCCGUGGCAAACUGGGGUCUUCCUAUAGCGGCCAUCACAGACAUGAAGAAGAGCCCCGAGAUCAUCAGUGGCAGGAUGACCUUUGCUCUGUCCUGCUAUUCACUGCUCUUCAUGAGGUUUGCCUACAAGGUGCAGCCACGCAACUGGCUACUGUUUGCUUGCCAUUUGACCAAUGAGGCAGCACAGCUGACCCAGGGAGCUCGUCUCAUCAAAUACAACAUGGAGAAGAAGAAGGGAUCCUAGUGAGCAGAGUGAAGCAGAUGCAGAACAGAACGUUCACGGAGUGGCACCCUGCUGCUUCAACAGCCACCUAAACCUGGACAUCAAAACUAAUGUAUCUAAAUAUCUAAUUAUUGAUACUGUGGUACUUGCACCAUUAAUGUGAACCGGAGGUUACCACGGUUGAUCUACCACAUGAGGUUUUAAUCACUUUUUACUGCACAAACCCCUCCAAGAAUUUAGGUCAACUACUGUUUGGUUUUUAAGAUUUUUGCAAUAUUCAACACAUUGACACACAAAACUAUAACAUGGGUGAAUGUACAGUCUUGUACAGUCUUGUCAUUACCAUUACUAUUUUCAUUACUAUCUUACCUACUUAGUGAUUGAAAUAUUAAUGAAUUUCGCAGAGAACUUAGCCUGAGGUCAGUUUUUGCAAAUAUGGCCACGUGAUGGCAAAUUAUCGCAUGCUAAGCAUACAGACUUUGUUGAUUAACCUUUACUUAAACACAAAGGACACACUGAGUGUUAAGCUAAGAGUGUGUACGAGCAUCCAAUUUGGUAUAGUUUUUAUUGCAGUAUGACAAAUAAGACAAGUUGUUUCUGUCAGUGCUGACCAAACAUAUACUGUAUAUUAUGCAUUGUCAUAUGUCAUGCACUUUAAUUUAUUGUCAUUAUAUAAUUCACAUUAUUCUUUCUCAAAUUAAUGAAUUGUUUCUCUUAGUUUGUUCAAAUAAACUGGCUGUAACAACAA